GGCAGACGGAGUGGAUCUUACGCGGUAACUACAGCAACAUUUCAACUGGAACAGACAGUCAACACUACUCUGCUGCAACAGGACGUCAGCGAUGAGGGAGAGACAGAAGAAAAAGAAGGGGAGGACGUGGGCGGAAGCCGCUAAAACGGUUUUGGAGAAAUACCCUAAUACGCCCAUGAGCCACAAAGAGAUCCUGCAGGUGAUCCAGAGAGAAAGGCUUAAGGAAAUAAGUGGAACCUCGCCGUUGGCAUGUCUGAACGCAAUGCUGCACACAAACUCUCGUGGGGAUGAGGGGAUCUUCUACAAAGUUCCGGGCAGAAUGGGGGUCUACACUCUAAAGAAGGACAUUUCAGACGUGAUGAAGGAGCUUUCUGAGGACGGCUCUGAGGACAGCAGUGACAAUCUCUCUGACUCCCAAAGCACAGAAAACAACGGGAGUGUCAUCGCUGGAGAGGGCCGGAGAGGCAGGUGGAUGCGCAGAGUUCCCUCCAAGCUGCAGUCACAGCCGUCCUCUCCGCAGCCUCGAUGCUCGUCGCCUUCUGUCCCCACCAGUAAACUCAUCUCUCCCUCGCAGAAACACAGCAAGAAAGCUCUCAAACAGGCCUUGAAGCAGCAGCAGCAGAGAAACCAGCGCAGACAGGUGGGGAUGCCAACCACCUCCAGUCCCAGACUGCUUCUGAAAACCAUCAAAGAUAUGGCUGACAACAUUACUACAAAUACUGACUUAGGCCACCCGGUUGUCCCCAGGAAAGUUUCUCAGAGGUCGGGCCGCCUUAGUGCAGGGCAGUUGAAACGCACCAAGUGUAACAUCGAUGUAGAAACACCAGACUCCAUCUUGGUUAACACCAACUUGCGGGCGAUCAUCAACAAGCACACCUUCUCCGUCCUGCCUGCAGACUGCCAGCAGAAGCUGCUCAAACUCCUGCCUGAGGUGGACCGACAGGCCUGCUUUGACGGCUUACUGAAGGUCACCAGCUCUGCCUUGAACAACGAGUUCUUCACAUCAGCAGCUCAGUCGUGGAAGGAGCGGCUGGCCGAGGGGGAAUUCACUCCUGAGUUGCAGCUACGAAUGCGGCAAGAAAUCGAGAAAGAAAAGAGAGUUGAGCACUGGAAGGAAGCCUUCUUUGAAACCUAUUAUGGUGAAAACUCUGGGCUCAGCCUCGAGGAAUCCAAAGAGCUGACACAGGCUGAUGUGAAUCAGGAGUCUGCCAGGCCCAAGUCCCCCGGCCAUCAGAAAACAGAACCUGCCACUCGAGCGACGGAAGAUCCCAAGGGCACCAAGGACAGCAGCCAGACUGUUGCUGCUUUUGUCAAAGACCUGAAGCCAACUAAAGAGCCUCUAAAGCUGCAGCCUGCUCAGAGAGAGAAAACCUCCACUACAGAGCCCAUGAAGACACGGCGCUCUCAGUACGCUGAGGACUGUAGGUUAAACGCAGCAGCAGCACAGUCUGCACCAGCACCUGCUGUGAAAACACCCGAGGUUGAGACGCAGGCUGUCCAGGCUGCGGGAGGUUCUAUGCCUGAAAAUAAGCAUAAAGAGGAAGUGAAGGAGGUUAAAACUGAGCUCCCGCAGUCGCCUGUGGAUAAGAACCAUCCACUGAAAGGUUCAGAGUUGAAGGAGGAUCAGCCGGCGUCAGCGGUUAAGCCUGCUGAAGAGAGCCAAGAGGUCAUCCCUGAGCCCAGGGGCCCCUCCGAGCCGCAGAAAAGGAAAUCUCUCAGUGAGAUUGUGGAGGAAUUGACACCGGAGAAAAGACCCCGCAUGUCCUCCGUAUCCUCAGUGUCUUCAGUCUCCUCUGUGUCUCCUCCAGCUUCAUCCACCUCCAGCCCUGCUACACCGACCUCGAGUCAGAGGGUUCCUCCGCUCAAGAUCUCAGUGUUACGGAUUCUCCCGGUUCCUUUGUCACCUAGCCAGGUCUCACCCAGGACCCCACUCCCGACCCCGCUCAGCAGCCCCGGCCGUACCGGUGCCCGCACUCUGGCAGACAUCAAAGCCAAAGCUCGGCUCGCCCGGGUGCAGCGAGCAGCAGCUGCCGCGGUAUCGUCUGCAUCCAGGGGGGCGGUGCCAGGCCCGGGGCCGGGGGGAGGCAGUUGUGAGCAAACACAGCCAUCGCCCAGCCCCUCCCCAACGUCGCCUCAGGCUCCAACCAGCAUACCAGCCCUCAGUCAGACCAGUACACCUCCCUCUCGCCCACUGGACUCUUUCACCCUGCUAAGCCCAAACUGGUCUCCCCCACCCUCUCUCAGCAAACCUGAUGAAAAAGUCAAACUCAAUGCUGCCAGUUCUGUCAGUGCAGGACCCGUUAGUAUUCAGAUGCAUCUCACUACACCAUCACAGGAAACCCCGUCACCUGCUGCAUCUUCAAACAAGACCAGCUCCUGUAUCCCUGCAAACAACCCGCUGGUCACUCAGCUCCUGCAGGGCAAAGACGUUCCUCUGGAGCAGAUCCUCCCAAAACCGCUCUCCAAGUCUGAGGUGACGACGUCGAACAUACCCUCCGGUAGUAAAGGGAAGGCCCUGUACUCUGCUGAGCACAGGGCUGAUAAACAGAUGUCCCAGCAGUUCAGCACAGUGGGACGAGCAGGAACUUUCUCAGAAUACACAAGACUUGGGGAGCUUCCUGAUAAGGAGACUCAGGAGCAGAUCCUGCAGGCUCUGAUGCAGAGGAAGGCUCAGCCCAGCCAGCCUUGUGUUGGUAUAGGGCCUCAGCAUCCUCAGUACAGAGUCCAUCCGCUGGUGCACGCAGAGGAACGUCAGGACCAAUCCAGGAUUUCUGUAGGGUUUCUGGGUCGUAGGAAGAUGCCAAGGCCUGCCAUGAUGGGACAUUACCUGCUGAAUGUGUCCACAUACGGCCGAGGAGCAGAGAGCAGGAGACUGCAGCAGUCUCUCAUCCCUAACACGUCUGUGUUCGGUUUAAAACGGGAGAGCACAGAAGGAGAGGAGGCGGAUAAAGAACAAGAACCAGCCAGGAAGUGUUUCUUUCCGGCUACUGGAGUUAAAACAGAGCAGCACAGACUCUCAAUAACCAAGUGUAAUGAAGCAGCAAGUGUUCAGCCCUGCUCCGAUGUAAAGACUGAGCCUGGAUCAGAGCACGUUGCCGCCGCCAAAGACACCAGCCCCUUUUCUCAAUCACACCGAAGGCACCUUGAACUCUGCAAUAGUAACCAAGGAAACUCUGAGCCAUAUCUCUCCCAAGUGGACCCCAGUCACCAGCGGCAGUUUCAAACCCAGCGUACGCUCGAUAAUCAGGAAGCGCCGUGCUACGGCGGCACUAUCAGCAUGUCUGUACCUCACACUGGCAUCGGCUCCUCCUCGGUCUCUUCAGAGGCUGACGGCGGCGGCGUCAUGUCUUUCUCCGUGACCGUCACCACCAUACCUGCCGGUCACCCGUUAGACCCCGGCCACCAGGGGGAGCCCUCCCCGGAGCAGUCAUUCAUCGAGGGCUCCAACAUGGAGGACGUGCAGUCUAAGUGCUACUGCAGACUGAAGGCCAUGAUCAUGUGCAAAGGAUGUGGAGCUUUUUGCCAUGAUGACUGCAUCGGGCCCUCCAAACUGUGUGUGUCAUGUUUAGUCGUACGAUGAAAUUAAUAAUAAGUACAAGGCUUGAUCCUUAUUGAAGCAGCUCAUUCAGAAUCAAUAUACAAUCACUGCUGGGGUGAAGCAACACUCCAGUAAAAAACAACCAGCAUGAGGUCGCUGUUGGAAAGGCGAGGAUUUACACUGGAUGGUCUUUCGUUUUUACCAACAUCUGGAAAGUUGUUUCCGUGCCGUUUUUUGGUAGAAAUGUCAAUCAGUUUUCAAUCAAAUGAGUCAGACGUGCGACCGUUAUAAAAUCUGGCCAUGUUUGCACUCGGAUAGGAGUAGUGUGAUAUAUUUUUUUAAAUAUAUAUAUAUUAUAUAUAUGUGUAGUUUUGAAAAACAACGAGGGAAAAUGAAUGUUGCUAUUUUUGUAGAACAUGAUGACUGUUUAAUACUGACACUUUUUAUUAUCGGGCCUAAUCAGUUGUGAUUGAAAGGCAAAAAAAAGGGUGCUAAUGAUAAUCAUCGGUUGUAGAGAACCUCCUGGCAUUUAUGCACGCAUGGCAGGGAAGUGCAAGUCACAGUAACUAUUUUAUAUAAAAACUGUUCAUUUAUUACUGAACACACUCGGAUAUAAAGACUAGAAAGAACCUGUAUUGUUUUAGAAAUAGAAUAGAAACAGAAUUUUGAUUAAUGCCAUAAAUCAACUUGUAAGGAUUGCACAUCAAGUCAUGUUUUCAAGACGAAGCACUUGGAUUUAUAGAAACCGUGUACAGCACUUACGUUCACACCUAGGGAGUCGUUUAAUAUACAAAUGUCUAUAUGUUCCUUCUGCUAAAAUCAGAUCUUUUCCAUUCCAGGGUAAAGGUCUAAAGUCCCUUCCUACUGUGUGCACCUUCUUCAUUUUCUCCCCAAAAAAGCCAGUUUGUAGAUAUGGUCUCCUGUGAGCGGGGGCUUGUAUGUCUCUAAAGACACAUCACCAGUGGCAAUCAGUAAAGAAACACUCAAGGCAAAGGGGAGAAAACGAGGGUAAAUAUGUGUUUCCACUGUAAAUAUUUGCAUAUUUACGGUAUAUGCCUACAUGUAGAAGUGAUUUUAUUGUGCAGCACACGUUGCUUCAGUAUAUCCUGUUAAUUGCAUACAUUUUAACUGUUGAAAGAAAACAGAACGUUAUUCUAAAACGCUAAAUGCUUUUUCAUAAAAUGAUUCAGCAUAGCAUGCUUUAGUUUUACAAGGUACAUUAUGACACCGAUAAACAGGCGGAUGAAACACUUCAAAUGGCCUUUUUCCAGAGAAUUACCCUCAAUAUUAAUGUGGUUUGUAAAUAUUGUAAGCACUAAACAAUAUUGUAUCAUGAUAUAUAAUGUACAAUAAUGACAAUGUGCGUGAUGUAGAAGGAUGAAGCUGUAUUACAAUGAUGUAGGCACUUACUUAACUACAUAUUCAACUGGAAAGAGGCCGGUGUUACCUCUGCAUGUUUUCAGGUGUUCAUGCUAAUUGCAAUAUAAGACUCAUCAACUUUGUUUAGAGAUGUCCUGGAGGUGCAAAGUAGGCCUGUUUUUAUAGCAAUUAUUUCUAAAGGUAAUAUGCCAAAGUCACCUUUUAAAGAAAGUAAUAUAGUAAUCAAAGUAAUAUAUUUUAAUUCAUAUAUUUUAUAUUAACAAGAAUCUAUUUGCUAAUUGUUUUUGAAUCAACAGGGUAUUUACUAUAAUGAUAAUAUAUUGGCUGUCAGUUUUUCCUAUACUUUUGUCUGUGACUGGGCAGACCACCAUGCAGAGAAUAACUUGACUUCUAUAAUUCAAAUUGCCCAAGUAUCAGCACUCUGUAUGGCCCGGCUUUUUUCAAUUCAUCCGUUAUCGGUCUAUAUUUUUCCAUAGAAAUGUUGUCCUAUGUGUGUGUACCCUUUUAGCUGUCUACGUUUGUGUCAUUUUAUCAUGAAAACUAAAAGAUAAUGUUUUUAAAAGCACCAUUUUUAGGUCAGUGGAUCAAUCGAAGUCCAAUGUUUAAUGUAUCUGUUAUUCAAUUGGGGGUCAGAUUGUUUUUACUAAAGUGUAGGGCUAGAAUCAGACGAGGUUUCCACAUAUUUAGAGUAGUCGUUUCACUAAAACUGGUGUAUCAGUGUUUGAUUCUGUUAACACAUUGACUUCAUCCCCCAUAAAUACUUAGGUCUGAUUUGGUUGAAUGUGAUGUUAGGGUUUUGUAUUUACUCGUGUAGAUUUGGGGACUGGUUUGCACUGCAAAAAUAAUUAACAAAAUCAAUCAAUCACCCCGAAAGGCAGCUGAAAUCUUUGUUAAUGAGGACUGAAACUCGAGUCAGGCAGCAGCCCCCCCCCGUAAUAUAGUAAUCAGCACUUGUAAACAAAGUGUAUUUUAUCAGAACUUAUAGACUAUUAUGAAUAAAUAAUGAAAAGAGAAA